AUGUCUGAUGAUAUCCCAAUGAAAUCUCCGCUAGAUGUGAUCCAAACAGUGGAUUCUAUUGUUAGAAACUCCAUACCAAAUAGUAAUGAUACCUUAUUCUACGUGCCGCGUGUCAGAAUUUCGUUCAAAGAUCUGGAAAGAUGUCUUGUUGUGAUCUAUACGAGUGUGGAGAGGUUCUUGAGACUAGAGUUUUUGAGCAAGUUCGGUGAAGUUAUCGUACACAGAUUGGAAAGCAGUUAUGACCUAGACGACAUCACAGCCGAAAAAGUCACUGAUACUUCUCCAAUUGUUUUGGCAUCGUGUGUUCUCGAUUCAGUUCUUAUUGAUCAACAUGCACUUGUGGGAACUCUAGAAAUCGAAUUCUCGAAUUCUGACAAAAGGAUACAAACCAAAAUUCUGAAAGAAAUGUCGAAGACGUUCCAAUUGGAUGAUGGACAGAUGAAAAAUGUUCUUCAAACUCGGAAGAUUAUGUACAACUGUCUUGCAGAUGUUGAUAUCGUUUCCAGUUUUCAUGAACACAUUAUUGACAUGAAAGUUUUGAAAGAGAUAGCAAUCGAGGGAAUUUUCUUCAGGUUGGAAUCAGUAUCCAUCCGGAAGGUGUUUGACAGCACUGAAUUUCUCCCAAAAAAUAAAAUUCAAAGUUGCACGAAACUGGAAAUGUCAGGAUAUCAAACAGGAGAUAUGAAGUUAUGUCUGAGAAAUUUGCCCCAAAAUGGAAUUUCAACGUGUCGCUUGCUAGAAAACUCGGAAUUUCAUCGAUGGGACACACUGAAUGCACCGGUCACCAGAUUAAACAACACAGUACAAAUGAAGCGUGUGGUUUUGGAGCCGAAGAAAAGAUUUGUGGUUCGGUGGAACAAGUCGAAAUGUGGUGUUUGGUUUCAUAUGGUACAUGUGAAUGAUGAAAACGAUUACUUGGAAUUCUUUGAGAACGAAACAUGUGGUCUUCGGUAUUACUGUAAGAAGUGUUCGGAUCCUUUCGAUCACUGGUUUUAUCGAAAUAUUCCACGUCGUAUCUACUAUGAACCACAAUGGACUGAUAUCGGAUACCGACCGUCAAGUAAACAAGAUAUGUCGUUGUUCCUAAGAACUGUGCGCUCUUUGAGAGAAAUGAUUAGAGAGGAAGUGAAGAAAGAAUUAGCUGACUCAAGUCAUGGAGUAGAGGAGCUUACUGAGGACGACUUUGAUGAUGACGAUGACGACGACGACGAGAACGAUGAGGACGAUGAGAACGACGAGGGCGGUGUUGAUGACAAAGAAGAUGACGACGAUAAGGAUGACGCUGUCGACGAUGAAGACGAAAAAUUCGAUUUCAGUCUCAAUCUACAAGAGAAAGGAUUAAUAGUUUUUGUUAUUGUUUUACCUAUCGUUCUUGGUAUUCUGAUCUUAUACGUUUACUUCUAA